AUGGCUGCAAACGAAGGCACAAAUGGGCACACGGAAGUUCCUUCCGACCUUGAAAAGAAAAUUAUCAAACAAAUCGAGGUAAGCUGUAGGUUAUUUUUGUUUUUAUCAAUUUGUUUUUCUGCCAAGAAUCCCAGCGAAUGGUUAUUCACCUGAGAAGCAUUUUAAGGCUAAAAGGAAUCAUACCAUAAGUGAAAAGGACGCUAUUUUUGUACUCGUAAGCACAACUACCCAUUCCUUGCCAAGAGCCUUAGUUUCAGCUUUGAAUGUCAGCAUUUUGCCUUUAUGUGUUAACCGCUUAUGCAGAAAAUAGAAUAAGAAUUAGAAUAACUCUGUAGAGUUGCUACGUUUUGACUAUUUGUGGGGCCUACUGUACAUGUACAUGUAUCGCAUAUAAAUUUUAAGAACUUUGUUAAAAUCAAGGACUUACAGUCACCCAUGGUCAAACUGACUCACGACCGAAUAGGACACUUGUGCAAGUCUGCCUUACAUCCAUCUUAAAUUAUAACAAUGAGUGCAGUGUAGCCAGUUUAAGGUUCUAUUCAUUAAGCGAGUUAGCUCAUGAUUCUCGGUUAGAACCACAGUAGAACUCUUCAGUCACCCUAGCUAGUAAAUCAAUUAAGAGGUUGUUUUCUUUGAACAUUCUGCCAUGUUGUUCGCCACUGUCUGGUCAUGGGUUGGGAGGUUCCAUUUUUUAUCUGCACCCCCCUAAAGAUGACGGGAAUCUGAACCCGGGUUCUUUUUUUGUCAGCACCUUUGAAAAAUUUGUCUAAAGGGUUGAAAUUUUGUGGGCUUCUUUGAAGGAAAAAUCCGAACCCCCCUGUUCAAAAAAACCAUCAUCCUUAGGGGGAGGCAGAUAAAAAAUUGAAUGUCCCAUUGACCUGGUGAUUUAACACUGUGCCAUUAUUAAUAGUCUAAAAAUACCUACCUGUCUUUAAAGGGACUGUGUCACGGCAGUCCAGUUCAUUUUGUUUAAUUUUGCCAAUUGCUCCCCUGCACAUGGAAUCGCUAUGGAACUUAAUGUAAGUAAAGAAAUUUCAUGUAAAUGACAAAAUCAGAGAUUCGAGACAAACAGAUAUGUCUCAUUAUAUUUGAAGUUGCAAACAGCAGAGAUCAACUUUGAAAAACUGUUAGGCUGAACAGUUUUCAAAAACCCUAAUUUCGGUCCAUUUCAAUCUUCUUCAGUUUUGCCCAUCCGUGGCAUCUGUUAUGUUAUUUAACCUUCCUUUAAUGUUUGAAGCGGUUAUUUUUAUGUUUCUCUUAAUCUAACGGGCAUUUUGUAAUUACCUAAUUUGUUUGAAUUUGGUGACACAGCUCCUUUAACAAAUCUGAAGAUACUUGAAUAAACUUGAAUCUUCAGCCCAGUGUAGAGCUAAGCCAAAGCUUCCUGCCACUGCUAGAACCCUGCAUGAUCACUGUGUAACGUUGACAACUGUUUGAAAGUAAUACCAAACUAUAGCUUUGGUUUGGAGUGUUGGACCCCAGCCUAACAUGUUAUCAGAUGCUUAAAUUUCCUCCAAUAAGUGAUAACUGGAAACCACCACCAUCCCUGUUCAGGGUAGGGCUGUACCUGAAAUCUUCAUCUUUGCUCUAUAUUGGUGUAGAGACUCGAGCUUAAUUUGUUCAAAUUUAUCACAUCCUUGAUAGAUGAGUUUUAUAUGUAAUCUUGUGUUAUCAUGUAUGUGAAAUUAUUGUUGCAGUUUUAUUUUGGUGAUAAGAAUCUACCCAGGGACAAAUUUCUCCGACAGAAGGUUGAUGAAGAUGAAGGAUGUAUCCUUUCAUGUACCCAUGUCCUUAAAAUCACUUUUCAACUAACAAGAGAAUAUACAGGUUUUAAGCUCUGCAGCACAACACUCACUCAACUGAUAGACUUAAUUAACAUUCUACUUUCAUUUUUCUCAUGAUUGCUUAUGACACAAGGAGAAUUUAUCACUCAAUGAACUGUCAGUUUUUCCAUAUGUCCUUUUUUAUGUCCCAUCUCCUUUCACGCCGUUUUGCUUGUACAGGCAGUGUUCUCUUUAUCAGGUGGUAACCGGUAAAAUUUACCCCCUAAAGCAACACUUCUUACCGCCUGCAACUGCUUGAAGGUUUACUAAAAUUAAAUUGUGAUCUGAUCCUAUUUUCACAAGGAAAUGAAAGAAUAUAUGGAAAAGUACCGAAGUAUACACGGCUUUUGUUUUUAUGGGCCACACAUUUUGGAAAGAGAACAUUGAAGACAGAGUAAAAUUAUUGGAAUCAAAGGUUUUUAAUUGUUGUCUAAAGAUAACAGCGGCUGAUUUGUGAAAAAUAGGUGUUAAAAUGAGGGAAUGACAUUUAAGAGAACUUAGCUCCUGAAUUUCCAAGCGAGGGCGGGCCAUGUCCCACCUCCCCCCCAACCAGGAAAGUGCACCUUUGGUGUAUAUUUUUGCCUUACCGGCCAUGAAUGGUCCCUUUCCUGCUGAUCUAAACUUUAGGGAGAACACAGUCUAUGCAGGUAUCUUAGUGAGUUAGCAAAAUAAAAAAUGACAUAAAAUGUACUCACUCUCUGUCAAAUAUCUCAAGAAGAAUAGUAUACAAAAUACAAUUACAGUAUUAUUUAUUCUCACUGUAAUCUUUAGUUUUCUUGACAAGACUUGCUAUAAAUCACAGGGGUAACACUGGAGUGCCUAACAACUUUCAACAGACUUAAGGUAAGAGGCUCAUAUUUGCUUUAUCUUGCCCCAUUCUUUCUCUAACAAGAAAAUACCAGAAGGCAUUUACAGUGUAUGCGGGAAAUGUUGGUGUAUGUAAGGGGUAUUUUGAGUGGAGUUGGACAGUUAAGUACAUGCAUUGGUACUGAUAAUGGUGAUAGGAGAGGACUUCUUCAGAGUGAAAGCAGAUAUAAACAACUAGCUAGCCCACUUGUUAAAAAGGUGGAUAAAUCUCUUUAGUAUAUACUAAAACAGUGGAAAGUAUUUUUUGGGCACUCUGAUUGGCUACUCAAUCAGUGAAUAUCCUGCACUAUUCACUGAUUCACCUCCAGUUCCUCCAAGGGAGCGACGCCAAACUCGCGUAGGUUGUGAGCAAAAUGCUUUCCCGGUUUGCUGCCGUAACAAACUAAGAAAUUUCACAACUAAUCAAGCAAGCUAUUUCCGAAAUACAUGAAGGUGUCGAAGUUCGGUUUGGAAGUUUUAACAGGUAAAGCUUUGUCUUUUUGACUUGAAUAGUUAUCGAUAAAACCGGUGAAAAAGUUUUUUGUUUACAAAUGCAAAUUAAGCUUAAGUCUUGCAUUUCUUUAUUUAGUUGACUUGUUCAUAAAUAAGCUUAAAACUAAAGUUAAUAAUCUUUUUUACAGAAUUAUUUUAAAUACAAACAGAAUUCAGAACUCCUUUUGAAGAAACUUCCCCGCAAGAGCUAAACAAACGCCUUUAAAAGUUUUAUUUGUCACCGAGAAAAAGCAACGACCACGGCCGUUCGGUCAUUGCGCGCCAAAAUUGUAAUCGUUUGCAAUAGUAAAUGAGUUAAAAAUCAUCAUUUUGUGCUCAAUUAUCUCACUGUUUUAGUAUAUACUAAAACAAUUAUUCACCUCAGUGUCAGUGGCUAGUAGUGGAUAUUUACCUCGCUGCUUCUCCGCCUCAGUAAGUAUCCAAUACUAGCCACCUCCACUUCGGUGAAUAAUUGUUAUUUAUUAUAUAAACACCAAUGAAAUACCAAGUGGGCUUUUGCACGAAAACUUGAUAUCUUCACAUGUGAAAAUAACAUGUUAUCUUCACACGUGAAAUUAUCACCGUUGCUAUGGCUACAUAAUAAAUAGCACCUUUCACACCAAAAAACUACUUAAGUAAAAUGUUUUGGUAUUUCAUUGGUGUUUAUAUAAUAAAUAGAAUAUUACAUGGUCGCUUGGAGAUACGAAAUUUCUCUUCCCGUGUUGAAAAAAAUAUUUCACUCGUUCGCUGCCCUCACUCGAGAAAUAUUUUUCAACACUCGAAGAGAAAUUUCGUAUCUUCGCACGGCCAUGUAAUAUCCUCUAUAUCUAGUGGAUGGGGCAAUGGUUUUUCACUAUCCAGCUUUUAUGCUGGAUAGCGAUCAAUCCAGUGGAUGGUGCUUGCCCACGUUUGGCCCAGAGACUGACAGAACCAUUAUUUUUAGGCUCUAUCAACAGAUACAGAUGCUAUAGCCAAAGCUCUCAGAAAAUCAGAAGCUGGCCUGCUUGAGGUACGUUACAAAUGUAUGUUUAAAUACCGGUACAUUGUUGCUCUUGAAUUUAGUUUCAGUAAGAUGUACCUGUAUCAGUGUUAUUUGUACAUGUGAAUUAAGGCUUGUUGUAUAUUUAUAAAGGCUGUGUUUGCUUCCAGAAAUAUUAGAUUGUAAGAAGCAAAAAAUUUUUGAACCUAGAACACUUAGUACAUAGUAAUAAUGUUAAUCUCUGACCACCCCUGGUGUAUGACAAAGUGGUUGCUUAUGGGAGGUGGUUGUCCAAAGGAAAAAUCAACAAAAUGUACAGUUUUUUUUAAAGCUCAAACUAAAAUGAUAUAAGAUAGAGUUUUUGAGUGACAGUAUUUAACUGAGAAAAAAAAAGCAGUUAUUUACAACAUGGUCGCUUAUUGGAGUUGGUCACUUAUGAGAAGUGGUUGCUGUGAGAGAGUUGAGGUCGAAGAAGUAGUUUUUUUUCAAAAAGUAAGGUUUAGCAGAAGUAUUAGCUGCGAGAAAUAAACUGACCAGGUACUACUAGACCUCAAUUCUGUCAAUUUAUUAACAGUACAGAAUGUAGCAGCACUGUAAAAUGCUAUUUUUGUUUUUUUAGGUCAGUGAAGAUAAUAAGAAAGUAAGAAGAGCUACAACAAAACCUCUUCCCGAGGAAACUGCAGAAGCAAGACAUGAUGCCAAAACCAAAACAGUUUACUGUGUAAGUUGUGUAAAGCAUGCUGUUCAAUUAUACAGUGUAAUUGGGGUAACAUUAAAACCAUAAUAACAGCAAAAUUGUUUCUCAGUUUCAAAACGCUAGCCAAAUAUGCCAAGGGGGGUGUUUUAUCUUUUAUUAGAAGAUCAUCUAUGCACCCCUUCAUAUACUUCUAUACAGCGGGCUCCACUGCUUCCUACAUUUAUAUACAAUGCAACACUAAAAUUAAUGUUGUCCCAAUGAUGGCUCUUGAACUGCAUAUAUAUUACACAUAUCAAAAGUAGGGGUAAUUUUCCCAAUCCCUUCAUUUUGGCAUCUAGAGAUCUAAUUAAUGUUGUCCCAAUGAUGGCUCUUGAACUGCAUAUAUAUUACACAUAUCAAAGAGUAGGGGUAAUUUUCCCAAUCCCUUCAUGUUGGCAUCUAGAGAUCUAAUUAAUGUUGUCCCAAUGAUGGCUCUUGAACUGCAUAUAUAUUACACGUAUCAAAGAGUAGGGGUAAUUUUCCCAAUCCCUUUAUUUUGGCAUCUAGAGAGGGUUGUCUAAAUUUUAAAUGCUGUACAAACCAUCAUCAAUGCAUAGUUUACACAACAUGUACAUGUAACCUUCGCUUAGCAGGAUUUAAAGUAGUUAAUGAAUAGCCAUUUGAUUCUUCUUUAAUCUUCAUUGUUAGUUUGGUGUAAUUUCCUUGCAGAAAGGUUUCCCUGCAGAAACAACUAUUGAUCAACUGGAAGAAUUCUUUUCAGAUAAAGGAAAGGUAAAGUACAACCCCCCCAUGUUUUAUUCUUAAAUAAGGGUUGAUUUCAAGUGUCGCAUUAUGUUCGGAAUUAAAAUAGAGGCAAUAUAUAAAAGGUCACUUGUAAGCGUAACAGUUGAAACUCGCUCAACUUCUCUUUUAAGGUCAGCACUUUUUAUCUUGCCUCUAUUUUAUUAACGUGAUUAAAAUUUACAUUCGAUAACUUGCAAAGCCAAAAACUCGCCAGUGGAAAUCAACCUUUAGCCUGACUUGUCCUCCGUCAGUUUAGUCCUAGCGUCUAUUUUGGUACAUGAAAUUUUACAUUGUUGUUAGUAUGCUUAUAACCAGCCAGUGGAUCCUAUGUUGAAGCCCCUUAAACACUACGUUUUGCCAUGAUUUACCUGUGUUUCUUUUUUUUUUAACUGUUCAAAGGCCGUGCUGAUCAAAAUGAGGAGAGGCGAAAACCAUUUAUUUAAAGGAUCUGUGUUUGUUGAAUUCUCCACUGUCGAUGAGGCAAAGGCAUUUGUGGCAACAGAAGCUCUUAAAUACAAUGAACAGGAGCUCAUUAAAAUGAUGAAGUAAGUAUUCUUCAUUAAUCAGGAAGAGUUGUCCCUAAAAUGGCUUCUCUCCCGACAGUACACUGUAUGUUUGUGUAAAGUUUCAAUCGUUGGCAGAUACUAUUGAUUGGGAGAGUGGGGUGUUUGAGGGGCUGGGAAACCCCUAUGCUAUUAAUACAUGUAAAUCCAUCACACUGGAGUAUUAACUGAAGUACACUUUACUUGACUUUGAAACUGACAAGAGAAAAUACUACCUGAGAGUUGCCUUCAGUUUUCACCUUGCAGCUUAGUAACAAAACUUGCGAUGGUUCCUCAUUGCCUUUAACCUGCAAACAAGCUCUCUAAUUUUUGCGAGAGAAUACACUUGCAUCUCCUUUCGCAUGUGGUUCUCACAUGAAUUCUCGCGACUCCCCUAAAUGGAGAGAUUGCUUGCAAGCUGCAUUGCCUUUCAACUGCGGUUCUUGUCGAAACUGAUAGAACCUGGGGUUCAUUCAUUUUAUCACACAACAUAGAAAAGCUACAACUUUUUUGAGUGUUUAUCAUGAAAACAAGGGUCUGUGUAAAAAAAAUACAUGUAACGUUUGAAAACUUGUAUGACUUUUGACAGUGUGCACAAGUUAUCCUCCUGUAAUACAUGUAAUAAUGUCAUUAACUGUCACAGCAGUCUGUUACUGCACAGGAGGUUCAAACCUCCUGCCUCUUGUGCCCUGCAUUCCCUGCUUCCGUCUUUUUACUGGAUUCCUCCAUUGAGCUAUCUUUCGAUCGCAAAAUAUUAAGCAUUAUUGGGUAAUUUCCUUUAUUCAUUUCCCGCCCUCUUAAUAGAACUCCCACCUCUCACUCUUUCCUCUCCCACCCCUCCCACCCCCCAUUAUCCCGAGCUCCUAUGCCCCUGUCUUCCCCCACUGUUCAGUUACAAGGACGUUUUUCAACGACGCACGUCAACCGGAAGUGGACUUCUUGCAUUCUAAGGCAAUGUGUUUGCCCAAAUUUUCGGGCAAAUUGUCUCUAUAAGAGUAAAUACACUUAGCAAUACAAAUCUGGUAGCAUCAAGACAUAUUAGAGACGUUUAGAUUCUAAGACGAGUACGACUUCGAGUAUGAGAUUUUCUCAGUAUUAGUAGGGCUUGCGCGUGAAGGAGCGUCAUUUUGCCGGGAAAACGUGGUAACCGUCUUUACUCUGCUACGAGUUUUAGCGAGAAUGUCGAAGUGGGGAAAACAAGUUAUCAAAUGUUAGAAGUUUUAUCAUUUUGCGAUCGGGAGAGGGUAUAACCCCCUUCACUAAAGGUAACAGUGCUAACUUUUCUGGUGAAAAAUGGUGAAAUGAAGCUUUCCGGGAAGUCUAUAAUUUUGAGAAUGCGCGAAUCAACUUUAAUUCAAAUCUCGUGCUCGUAGUUGUCCUCGUCCUUGAGUCUAAAGGUCUCUAUUAUUAAAGGGCCAACAGCUCACUUCCGUUUUAGGUGUGUGUAGCUCGAAAACGCUUUUGCCUCACCUUCCUACUGACAGAGCAAGGCCUUUGACAAUUCUUUUGCAUCGUACAAUUUAAGUUCGCGUUUGAAAAUGAUUUCGAUUAUUGGUGAAUUUUAAAGGCAUUAAUAUGACCUUAUCACAGGUCUGACUACUUUUAAAAGAAGGAGGAAGAAUUCAAACUGAAAAAGGAGAAACAAAA